AUGCUUAACAGAAGUGGAUGGGAUAUAUUCUCUGUGCUCAAUGAGACAGCAUCCAACAGCACAUCCAGCAAUGGAAAGUCAWUGGAAUGGGUUUUGAAACUAAAGCUUGGAUUUAACGUGGUAUUUUUGGUUGUAGGAGUUUYCAGCAACUUAUUCGUAGUUAUUUUCAAUGUUAAAAUCAAGAAGAMGAGAGGAAUAGCUCCAGCAUACGAAUAUUUUAUUUCUAACCUUUGUGUAAGCGAGAUAGCCUUCGUUUUAAUAUCGUUUAUCGAUAUAUAUUACAAAUUACCAUUGACAUUGUUCUAUUGCAAAGUGGUCUCUCCUUCUCAAACGAUGCUUUUGAUCGUAAGUAUGUAUACAGURACUGCAAUCGCUUUGUUCAGAUGUAGAGCGAUUGUAAACCCGUUCAAACUCAAACCGAGUGUAAAAUGUAUCUACCUAACGAUUGCCGGCUUAUGGUUUUUCGCUCUUAUAGAGGUCAUACCAUAUGGGAUAGUACUUGAUGCAAAGGAUGGUAAAUGUAGGGAAAACUGGCCGACACAGACUUUGAACAAGCUUUAUACAACAGCGCUGUUUCUGUUACAGUACCCCAUUCCCCUGACCAUCUUGGCCGUUUCCUACAUCAAGAUUGUUGUGUUCCUCAAGCACCAUGCAGUUCCACAGUCAGGUUUGUCUAUAGACACAGCCUCACAGAUGGCUACCAGAAGAAAAAGAGACAUGGAGGUUCUUAAAAUAUCCGUGAUAAUUAUCCUUCUUUAUGCCAUUCUCACUUUACCACUACAAAUCGCUUGGAUGGCUCACAUUUUCCACUAUCCAAAAUUACAUGGCAUUUUCUCUCAGUUUUCACAUCAGCUUCUUUUACUUCAUUCCUGUUGUAACCCUUUCGUUUACGGCACUAUUUCUCGUGAAUUUCGCUCCCAGGCAAUGAGCAUUAUUAGAAAUGUUUUUAAUGGUGUAUUCAGGAGAAACGCGAUUGAAUCUGUGGUCAUAUAUAAAGACGGUCGUGUGAAUAUUGCUCUUAAAUAUGAGAAAUGA